AUGUGGAACUCGGCACGCAAGCUGCGCAGCGGUCGAGGCAUCACACGCACUUCUAGUUACCCGUGCAAACGUACUUUAUUCAAGCAUGCUGAGGAGAUCACGCCGCUGCAAAACCCGGAUCGCCACCAGCAAGUACUACCACAUCGUACCGACCAAACACAUGCAUCCUUAUCUACUGCUGCUGCACGCCAGCACACAGUCCCAACAUCGGCAAAUCCAGAAACAGCAGCUGCAGACAACGCUGGCUGCUCUUAUUAUCGGUCGCAACAGUUGGAAUUACCUUCGAAGCCGUAUCGUAAGAGACCUUCGAGGGCUCUACUGAGGCAUGAAAAAGUACUGCUGACGGAAACAGAAGAGGAGAGGAACGGGAACAAUAAUCAAUGCGAUAUCGAAAAUAAUAAUAAUUUGCCUCAACCUCAUCGGGCUCCAUUAAUCAACGGAUACUUGCAUACCAAACCAAAGCAACAGCACGGGACAGAAACGCUACCGCUUUCUGGUCGAAGUCGCUGGAGAAGUCCCAUUUAUUGCUCGUCGCUAGGUUCCAACUCAUCCGAAUCAGUCCAAGUGCGAAAACCAUGUGGUUACGUGGAAAUAUCACGGAAAAAUUUCUCAAGACGCUUUGGUGGAUUACAGCGAAAGCCAUUGGUCAGACAGCCUGCUGAGCAAUACUUCUCCGUCGAAACAUCACCACGAAGGCAUUGCUCUAACUCAGCUGCGCUAGGAUACGAUUUUGUCAACGAUUAUAUAUUCUACUCACCUGGAAAACGCACCGUUUCAUUGGCAAAACAUCCUGACUGGAUCGGUUAA